AUGGAAAAACUUGAAGAUGAUGAUAUUGCCACGCCAAGUACAAGUCGUUCAAAUAGUGUUAAUGAAGAUGAAGAACAAACAUCGUUACCUCCUUCCUCACCUCCAACUGAAGCGACUACUCAAUCGGAAUCUGCUUCCUGCAAUACAUCCAACAGUGUUGCUGAACACGUAAGAGCAACAUUAGCAGCAAAACGAGCUACGUUUCUAUCAACCGCUUCUUCGUCAUCAUCAGAAUCCGAACCUGAAUUUGUCAAUGUGAACACGAAUGAUCUAACACAAGAUGGUUCCGCAUCAAUCAAUGCCGUAAGUAUGCUAAAUGGCUGA